AUGGCGGACCGGGAUAACGAGAAGCACCAGGAGGCUGCCGCCGCUGGCAGCCCCAACGAGAAGAUUAACACCAACACCGAGAUUGCGCCUGCCCCGCGAUCCUCGUCUUCAACCUCGACCGCCGCCGACGCUGAGCAGCAGAGGGAGGAGGCCCGCGCCAACAACCCCGAUGGCUUCUCUGCCAUCCACGGCGGCAUUUCUGUGCAUCAGGCCGAAGCCGACUUCGCAGAGCUCCAGCGCGAGCUGUCUGGCUUGUCGCGCGCAAGCAGAGUGAACAGUCGCAACAGCCGUAGGAAGUCCGAAGAUGUCGAAAAGACCGUCGCAAACGUCAACUCAGCCACCCCGUCCUCCGACACCGACGGCGAGCAGUUUGACUUGGAAGCCGUCCUGCGCGGCGGCGUCGAGGCCGAGCGCGAGGCCGGUAUUAGACCCAAGCACAUUGGUGCUUACUGGGACGGGCUUACUGUAACGGGCAUCGGCGGCACCACCAACUACGUCAAAACCUUCCCCGAUGCCUUCGUCGAUUUCUUCGACUAUGUGACUCCUGUCAUGAAGAUGUUGGGCUUGGGUAAGAAGGGUGUGGAGGCUACUCUGCUGGACCACUUCAAGGGUGUUUGCAAGCCUGGGGAGAUGGUCCUGGUGCUGGGUAAGCCUGGCUCAGGAUGCACCACCUUCCUCAAGACCAUUGCCAACCAGCGCGCCGGCUUCACCAGCGUUACUGGCGAUGUUCGGUACGGACCUUUCACCGCCGAUGAGUUCAAGAGGUAUCGCGGUGAAGCUGUGUACAACCAGGAGGACGACAUCCACCACUCUACUCUCACCGUCGAGCAGACGCUCGGCUUCGCCCUCGACACCAAGGUCCCCGCCAAGCGCCCCGCUGGCAUGUCCAAGAACGACUUCAAGCAGCAGGUCAUCACAACCCUCCUGAAGAUGUUCAAUAUCGAGCACACCCGCCACACCGUCGUCGGUGACGCUUUCGUGAGAGGUGUGUCCGGUGGUGAGCGCAAGCGUGUAUCCAUCGCAGAGAUGAUGAUCACCAACGCCUGCGUUCUGUCCUGGGACAACAGCACCCGCGGUCUCGACGCCUCCACUGCCCUCGACUUCGUCAAGUCUCUCCGCGUCCAGACGAACCUCUACCAGACAACCACCUUCGUCUCCCUGUACCAGGCCUCCGAGAACAUCUACAACCUCUUCGAUAAGGUCAUGGUCAUCGACGCCGGAAAGCAGGUCUACCUCGGCCCAGCGAAGGAAGCCCGCGCCUACUUUGAGGGUCUCGGCUUCGCCCCCCGCCCGAGACAGACGACCCCCGACUACGUGACCGGCUGCACCGACGAGUUCGAGCGCGAGUACGCUGCUGGCCGUUCCCCAGAGAACGCUCCCCACGACCCCGACUCCCUUGCUGAGGCUUUCAAGACGUCCAAGUUCCAGAAGCAGCUCGACAGCGAGAUGGAGGAGUACAAGGCUCGUCUCGUCCAGGAGACCGAAAAGCACGAGGACUUCCAGGUUGCUGUUCGCGAGGCCAAGCGCGGCUCGUCCCACCGCUCCGUCUACGCCGUCGGCUUCCACCUCCAAGUUUGGGCCUUGAUGAAGCGCCAGUUCGUUCUGAAGCUCCAAGAUCGCCUCUCCCUGUCCCUCUCCUGGCUCCGCUCUAUCGUCAUCGCCAUCGUCCUCGGUACCCUCUUCUUCCGUCUCGGCUCCACUUCUGCUAGCGCCUUCAGCAAGGGCGGUCUCAUGUUCAUCUCCCUCCUGUUCAACGCUUUCCAGGCCUUCUCGGAGUUGGCAGGUACAAUGACAGGCCGCUCAAUCGUCAAUAAGCACAAAGCAUACGCCUUUCAUCGUCCGUCGGCUCUCUGGAUUGCCCAGAUCAUCGUCGAUCAGGCCUUCGCGGCGAGUCAAAUCUUGGUUUUCUCGGUUAUCGUCUAUUUCAUGUCCGGAUUGGUUCGCGACGCCGGCGCCUUUUUCACGUUCUACCUCAUGAUUUUGUCUGGCAACAUUGCCAUGACUCUCUUCUUUCGAACGGUGGGUGACUUCGAUUAUGCCAUCAAGUCCGCCGUCGUCCUCAUCACGUUCUUCGUCGUAACCUCUGGCUACCUCAUCCAGUACCAGUCUGAGCACAAAUGGCUCCGCUGGAUCUACUGGGUCAACGCCCUGGGUCUUGCUUUCAGCGCCAUGAUGGAAAACGAGUUCUCGCGUUUGAUGCUGACCUGCUCGGACGAAUCUCUCAUCCCCUCAGGACCGGGCUAUACCGACAUUAACCAUCAAGUCUGCACGCUUCCGGGAUCUGUUUCAGGCACGACCGCCGUCGAUGGCUCCGCUUACAUCGCCAGCGCUUUCUCCUACUUCAAGGGUGACCUUUGGCGCAACUGGGGCAUCAUCCUCGCCUUGAUCGUCUUCUUCCUUAUCAUGAAUGUCACUCUUGGCGAGUUGAUCAACUUCGCAGGCGGCGGCAAUAAUGCGAAGGUAUACCAGAAACCCAAUGAGGAGCGCAAGAAGCUCAACGACGCGCUCAUAGAGAAGAGGGCCGCUAAGCGUCGCGGCGACGGCACCGACCAAGGCUCCGAUCUCACCAUCAACUCCGUCAGCGUUCUCACCUGGGAGAACCUCAACUACGACGUCCCCGUUCCCGGCGGCACCCGCAGGCUCCUCAACAACAUCUUCGGAUACGUGAAGCCUGGCCAACUUACUGCUCUCAUGGGUGCCUCCGGCGCCGGCAAGACGACCCUCCUCGAUGUUCUCGCUUCCCGCAAGAACAUUGGUGUUAUCGGCGGUGACGUACUCGUUGACGGCGUGAAGCCCGGCAAGCAGUUCCAGCGCUCAACUUCCUACGCCGAGCAGCUCGAUCUCCACGACCCUACUCAGACCGUCCGCGAAGCCCUCCGCUUCUCCGCUCUUCUGCGCCAGCCUUUCGAGACUCCCGAGGCUGAGCGCUUCGCUUACGUCGAGGAAAUUAUCGCCCUGCUCGAGAUGGAGCACAUUGCAGACUGCAUCAUCGGCACCCCUGAGUUCGGCCUUACCGUGGAGCAGCGCAAGCGGGUCACCAUUGGUGUCGAGCUCGCUGCAAAGCCCGAACUCCUCCUUUUCCUCGACGAACCCACCUCCGGUCUUGACUCCCAGAGCGCCUUCAACAUUGUCCGUUUCCUGAAGAAGCUCGCCGCCGCUGGCCAGGCUAUCCUGUGCACUAUCCACCAGCCGAACGCCGCACUCUUUGAGAACUUCGAUCGUCUCCUGCUCCUUCAGCGCGGCGGCCGCACCGUUUACUUCGGUGACAUCGGUCAGGAUGCCGUCGUUCUCCGCGACUACCUGAAGCGCCACGGCGCCGAAGCCAAGCCUACGGACAACGUUGCCGAGUACAUGCUUGAGGCUAUCGGCGCUGGCUCCGCCCCGCGCGUGGGCAACCGCGACUGGGCCGACAUCUGGGACGACAGUGCCGAGCUCGCUAACGUUAAGGACACGAUUUCUCAGCUGAAGGAGCAGCGCAUGGCCGCUGGCCGCACCGUCAGUGCCGACCUCGAGAAGGAGUACGCUUCCCCGCAGAUGCACCAGCUCAAGGUCGUCGUCCGCCGCAUGAACCUCUCCUUCUGGCGCAGCCCCAACUACCUCUUCACCCGCCUCUUCAACCACGUCAUCGUCGCCCUCAUCACCGGUCUGACCUACCUCAACCUCGACGACAGCCGCUCCUCGCUGCAGUACAAGGUCUUCGUCAUGUUCCAGGUCACCGUCCUCCCGGCCCUCAUCAUCUCCCAGGUCGAGGUCAUGUUCCACAUCAAGCGCUCCCUCUUCUUCCGCGAGGCCUCCUCCAAGAUGUACAACCCCAUCACCUUCGCCAGCGCUAUCACCAUUGCCGAGCUGCCCUACUCCAUCCUCUGCUCCGUCGCCUUCUUCCUGCCGCUCUACUUCAUGCCCGGCUUCCAGUACACUCCCUCUCGCGCCGGCUACCAGUUCUUCAUGAUCCUGAUCACCGAGCUCUUCUCCGUCUCCCUCGGCCAGGCCCUCGCCUCCCUCACCCCGUCGCCCUUCAUCUCCUCCCAGUUCGACCCCUUCAUCAUGAUCACCUUCGCCCUCUUCUGCGGUGUCACCAUCCCCGCCCCGCAGAUGCCCGGCUUUUGGCGCGCUUGGCUCUAUCAGCUGGACCCCUUCACCCGCCUCAUUGGCGGCAUGGUCGUCACCGCUCUGCACGACCUGAAGGUCGCCUGCACCUCCGCCGAGUUCAACCCCUUCAAGGCUCCCGACGGCCAGACCUGCGGAGAGUACAUGCAGCCCUUCUUCGAGCGCGGCGGACCUGGGUACCUGGCCAACAACAACACUCAGGACUGCGAGUACUGCGCCUACAAGAUCGGCGACGAGUUCUACACGCCCCUCGGCCUGGCGUUCGACAACCGCUGGAGGGACCUGGGCAUCUUCAUCGCGUUUGUGGGAAGCAACCUGAUCAUUUUGUUUGCUGCUAGCAAGUUCUUGAACUUCAACCGCAGAUAA